AUGAGCUAUCCACGCAAACGCACAUUUCUUGCGUGCGAUUUCUGUCGCCAAAGAAAACGUCGCUGCGAUGGGAAGAAGCCAGUGUGUGGCAAUUGCACCGAGGCAGAGGCAAACUGUCACUACCAGGAGCUCCCAACUCAGCGCCUGGAUCCUUCAACUAUUCCGGCAACAAUAUCAAGACGAUUCGAACGGAUCGAAACGCUGCUCCAGACGCAUUCGGAAGCAAUCGCUGCUAUUUCUCAACAGCACGCUUUAGGGGCAUUACCAUCAUCACAGGCAGCCUCGGAUGUUCUCCCUUUACCGGCAUAUUCAACAACUGGGCCCCCGCCACAGGCUAGCUUAUCCUGCACCAAUACACUGCACGCCAAAUCUCCAUCAGUUUCGCGAACGCCGGUCCCGGAUGCCGGUCCCGAAUUUGCUGACCCGAGUGCGGAAUUACCCUCUUUCAUAAUCCCGUCAAUACAUCAGACAUCAACAAAUAGUCUGCUAGCGUUACCAAUCGUUAAGUCUUUGGCAGGAGAGUUUCCAGAAGAUUACUUCUUUCGAACAGAGUCCCAGCGAUCUCCGCCGCCGGGGAGCUGGAUGACUCCCGAACAGAAUCUGCCGUAUAUCAGCAGAGAUGUCACUGAUUUGCUAAUAGCUACGUUCUUUUCCAUGGUUCAUCCGUGCCAUCCGAUUCUAGAUCCCGACGAAUUUUACACGACAUAUGAAAACGUAAUGGCCACCGGUCUAGAUUUCAGCUUGCAGUCGGCCCUGUGUCUUGUGGUUUUUGCGCUGGGGGUUGUUGCCUCACAAGCUUCAGGGGAUGGCGCCCGCAGUGGUGACUGGGCUCCUGGGAUGGAAUACUUCCAACCUGCAUUGCAGAUUCUCAUGGCAGAGUCUGCGGUAUCGUUGGGGUCUAACUUACUUCUGCCUCAGACCUUGAUAUUCGGUGGAGUUUACUUUGCUUAUAUAGCGCGACCUCUGCAUACCUGGAAGCUCAUUCAUUUAGCUUCUACAGAUGUGCAGUUGCUGUUGUCCAGGAGUAAAGAUAUCGAUGCCGACGAAUCUUACAAAGAGCGGAUCUUGGAGGCUUGCUGGAGCUGCUUUCUUAUUGAAUGUGACCUCCUUGGCGAGUUUAACCUUCCACGAAGUGGAAUCGAAACUUUCGUCGAUGAGAUGCCGUUUCCCAAAGCUGGCAAUCUAACCGAUCGAGACGAACUGAGCUACCUUGCAGAGAUAUCGAUGAGACGCCUCCUUAACCGAGUUGACAACUCGAUAUGUAGCAGAGCGGAAACCAGCUCCAAGUCUGAUAUAUCCGCGUUGGCAAUGUCUAUGACAUCGCUGACAACGAUCACGUCCGAACUUGAUCAACAACUUUUACUAUGGUACAACUCUGUCCCAGAUAUAAUCAAACCAACUCUUGGUGUAGAUUCAAAUAUCGAUGAUCGCGAAAGGAUGCUGAGGAUUCGCUACUAUGCAGCAAGGCACAUCAUUCACCGUCAAUAUGUUUUAUAUGCCGUUUCACUCCCGGGGGGCGUGGAGCCCACACAGAUGAUCUUGGAGAAAUCACAGGUCUGUAUCGAGAGCUGUCGGCUAUUCCUGCAGAAUACAGGAGAAAUUUUAAAGAAGCCUUCGCAGUACACUUGGACACUAUCGUAUUCAUCUCUGGGUGCAGUUCUAGUCUUGACCAUUGCCUCACAGUCUCCACAUCUAAAACACUUGGUUCCAGAUAUCCUUCCCCUACAACAAAUUCUAAUGGAGAAUACCACAAGAUGGGCUGCCCCAGAGUCCAGCUUUGAAACCAUUAAUCAAUUUCUCCAUUCCUAG